GUCCAAGUGAGCAAAUGAAUAAGGAUAAUGACAAUGCUGAGGAUGUUAAUGAGGAUGAAGAGGAAUCUGAAAAGGAAGAAUGUGAAGAAGAAAGAGACAGAAGGUUUAGAAAGGGUAAGCAAGUUGAACAAUAUCACAUUGAACCAAAAGAGAACAAAGUGGAAAGAGAAAAAAGAGAAACAGCCCCAGCACCUGCUGUGAAGUCCCCAUUCAUGAACAGAAGUAUAGAUGCAAGGACAACACUUGGCAGUGAGGAAAGACUACUUGCAGGUUUUGUGUUCAAUGAUCAUUGUGACAAGAAUGUUGUGGUGUUCAAGCAUUACAACUUCACUCUUUCAAAAGCUCAGAUGGAAACAAUGAAGAGCAACACAAAAGUUGAUGCUGGAAUUAUAGAUAUAUGGGCAAUGUUGCUUAAUCAUAAUGAAAAGUUCAAAAGCCCUGAAGCUAAAAGCAGAAUGAUUUUCUCAACAAGACCAUGUGUAAGAAGUACAUAUUCAUUUACUUAGUAUUACUAAAAUGAAACUAAUAUAUUAUAAUAUUUAAUGACAGCAUGUGCUAGAUCAAAAUCAUCUCACCGCUCCACAAACAAGGAACAAAAGGUUUGCGGCAGAAAUUGGC